GUCCUUUUGUUCACUCAUACUCAAGGCCUAAUCUUUUCCCCACUUACUCUCUCUUUUUCUAAAGAUUGCUGAAAGUGAAGAACACUCCAACAGUUAUCAACCAAAAAUAGUUUCUCACACUAAUUAUUCCGUAAUAACUUUCGUCAGAGUGGUAGAUUGUGAGUCCGCCUCACAAUGGACUGGGCAUUCCUCCAGGGCCUCCUCAGUGGGGUGAACAAGUACUCCACGGCAUUCGGCCGUGUGUGGCUGUCCAUUGUCUUCCUCUUCAGGGUCAUGGUGUUUGUCGUGGCGGCCGAGAAUGUGUGGGGCGACGAGCAAAAAGACUUCACGUGCAACACGGCCCAGCCUGGCUGCCACAACGUCUGUUACGACCACUUCUUCCCUGUGUCCCACAUCCGCCUGUGGGCCCUGCAGCUCAUCUUCGUCACAUGUCCCUCUCUCCUGGUGGUAAUGCACAUAGCCUACAGAGAUGAACGUGAGCGUAAACACACGCUAAAAUACGGCGAGGGCUGCCAGAAACUCUACACAAACACCGGUAAGAAGCGCGGAGGGCUGUGGUGGACCUACAUCCUGACCCUGGUCUUCAAGAUGGCCGUGGACGCCACCUUUGUGUAUUUAAUCUACUAUAUCUACGAGGGCUAUGACUUCCCCUCCCUCAUCAAGUGUGAGCAGAAGCCCUGUCCCAACAAGGUGGACUGCUUCAUCGCUCGCCCCACUGAGAAGCGGAUCUUCACCAUCUUCAUGGUGGUCACCAGUCUGGCUUGUAUCUUGCUCUCCUUCUUUGAGAUCCUGUACCUGGUGGGGAAACGCUGUAAAGAGGUCUUCACCCGCAUGCACAACAACUCACACUCCACCAUCUAGCCACGCCAGAUGGCCAUGAUUACCUCCCUGGUGGUCGGUGGCAAGAAUGGAAUGCAGUCCAACUCACUAUAGCUGCCCUCAAUAAAGCUACCCAGCAAGGAUACCUCAGCCCCAUCAUAUAGUGUAGUCAUGUAUGCCUGAGGUAAAGACUGGACAAAGACAUUAGAGACUGAAUGAGAGAAUGCAAAGAAGACGAAUAUCUUCCAUUUCUCUUCAGGCACUCACUGGGCUAGAGAGUUCUUCACUGCCAUUCAAUACUGUAUUCUCAUUGCCUGAGUUACAAUUGAACUGAUUGUCUCUUGACAUUCCUGGAUAAAUUGUUUACCUACCAUUGUGUCGUUGACCGGGUAUAUUUUCUUAUUUUUUCUUCUUCUCAGAAAUCCUGAAAUUCUUGACUAUAAACAAAUGGGUUUUGGAGAUACACCUUUUAUUUCCUCUUCGAAUGAUGUGAACUAGCCAUACUGUGUAUCAAAUGCACACACAUGGUUUUGAAAGUUUGUUGUUUACAGAUUAAAUGGUUUUGUCCUAAACAACUAUGGCGACACCAAGCUGAUGUAAAUUCUGAGGAGGCAAAUUUUGUCUUAAAGUUUGAUUACAAAAUAAACAAAUCAAUGAGUCACUUUAAGUAAAACAUCCAUCAUUUACAGAGGAAGUUUCACACUAGGGCUGGGAAAUGUAAUUUAUUCUUAUGUAAUUUGUUCGCUGUCUACCACACCUCACAACUUUACCAUUGCUAUUUUUAUUAAAGGACUCAAUCAUUGCCACACUGUGCCCAUACCAUUGCUGUUCUUAUGCCCAGGAGAAGUUGUUUUCCCUGUCUCUUUCUCCAUUACGAAUGGCAGAGACUGCAUCAGGCUUUGUUGUGAAAAGAUGGAGCAAAGAUCAAUGUAUUUUCAGACAAUUAAAAAUAUUUAAUUUAUUUUAUGGACUUUGAGAGAGUAUUUUUCUGGUCCCCCUGAUGUUGUUAGUCCAUAAGUUAUGCACAAACAUGGCUUGCAAAAU